AAGCAUUACAUGGAAAUUUAAUGGGAGAGCCAAGCAUUAACAAUAAUAACUUCAUGGGCAACCAUGGCGCGGCCAGUUCUAUCUAUAGAGGAGUUCGCAAGAGGAAAUGGGGCAAGUGGGUGUCUGAAAUCCGUGAACCGGGCAAGAAAACAAGGAUUUGGCUCGGUAGCUUUGAGACGCCGGAGAUGGCGGCCGCCGCCUAUGAUGUGGCGGCGCUGCAUUUCAGGGGACGGGAGGCGAGGGUCAAUUUCCCUCACCUCGUUGACUGCUUGCCCCGGCCGGUGAGUUCAAGUUCGGAGGACAUACGCAUAGCGGCGCACGAGGCCGCAGUGAGGCUGAGAAGCGGCGGAGUUGGUCCUUCGACAGCGGAGGAGUUUGGUGGCUCUACAUCUGGUGGUAUGGGUAUGGCGCCGAUCACUGUUCGGCUUUCGCCGAGCCAAAUUCAGGCGAUUAACGAGUCUCCGCUUGACUCACCCAAGAUGUGGAUGCAAAUGGUGGAGGAGUCAGCGGUGUUCGGGUUCAACGAUGGUGAAGACAAUGAUCAGUAUUGGGAUCAUGGUGAUUAUCAGGAUAUGCAUAACGAUUCUCUUUGGGAUCCUUAAUUAGCUAGGUAACAGUAGUAUUUUUAUAAACAUACAA